AUGCUGCGCCUCUGUGACCCUCAGCAGCCGUCGUCUUCCUGCAUGAACAGCUCCUCGUCCAGCGAUGAAAAUAUCGACAGGAGCGAAACGUGGGUACAACAAGUGCCAUCCGCCGAUGCAAAAUCUGAUCAGGAAGUCGUGCCGACGCCCAUGCUGCAGCAGCUCGCUGCAAGCAGACACCAACUGGCAAGCAUUAUGAACGCCGAUACUAUUGCGGUUGCUGCAGCAGCGGCGCUUGUGGGGCAGGCCGUGGUGUCCAGCAAGAGCUCGCUUGCUUUCAUCUUGGGCGGUAACACGGACGAAAACCAGGCCCAGGUAACUGGCACAAGUUUCGCUAAUCUCACGGUUGACUCAAGUGUUUUCGCGACGGAAAACAGGGCGGCAGAUGUGCCAGCUACUGCUGCUGCUGCUGCAGAAAAGAGAGCUGCCGUGAAAAGGUCGCGCAUCUGCAAGUUUCAGGAUUGUACGCGCUACGUGGUAAACCGUGGGCUGUGCAUUGGUCACGGCGGCGGCAAACGAUGUGCGGUUGUGGGGUGUACGAGUAGUGCUAAAAAUUUGGGCGUGUGCUGGAAGCACGGAGGUUCCACGCAGUGCACAAUGGAUGGAUGCGAGAACCGUGCCAAGUCUCGCGGUGUCUGCUGGUCCCACGGCGGAGGUCGCAAAUGCAGCGAUGGAAGCUGCAGUAAGACAGCAGUCUCCAACGGUCUUUGCUGGGCUCAUGGAGGAGGCAAACGGUGCGUCGUAGAAGGCUGCCGCAAACCUGCGUACGAGCGCAACGGCAACGUGUGCUCGCUGCAUCAAGCAACUAGUGCUACCGCUUUGCAGACGCCGGACAGUCCCGCUCGAUUUACAAACUAG